UAGGCCGGUGACGGUUUUUCUUCACCGUUAAAUUUUUUAUGUCUCAUACUUUCAGCUCUUAAGACACCAAAAUCGUCUCUCUACUUCUUCUCCAUCUCCGUCUCUCUUGCCACAUGAAUUCAAACCCUAUCUCUUCCUUUCACUAGAAGAUGAUGGCGGUUCGAGUUGUUAACACUUGUUCUAUCCUUCGUUCUGCUUCCUCGCCUCCUCUCUUUUUGCUUAGAUGCCACCUUAGCCAUUUCAAGACCUUAAAGUUCGCCCGACACUCCAAUUUUGGAUUUCCGCCGCAGGUACUUCCAUGUGACUUGCCGUUUUGCAGUCAUGGCAUUCUUAGAAGCCGUUCGAUUCACAGUCUCGUCGAUAGUGUCAUGGAAGAGCUUGAAGCUCUUCGCAAACGCAAGAGAAUUCGCUCAGCUAUUAAAUUAACCAGCAGUGGAGAGCUUCUGCAUGAUAAGCUGGUAAACCAGCCACUUGAGAAAGGACUGUUGCUGGAGUUCAAGAAAGAUGCUGACAGGGUACUGCUGGCAGUAGCUCAGAGACCUGAUGGAAAGAAGAACUGGAUGGUGUAUGAUCAGAAUGGGGGGAUGUCCUCUAUUAAACCGCAACAAGUUACAUAUAUUGUUCCAGGCGUUGAAAACUUUGAUCACACAGAGAUCUCAAGCUUUAUCCAAAAAGCACAAGAUAACUUGGACCCAUCACUACUAGAGUUUGCUUGGGUUGAGCUUCUUGAAAAGAAUAAGUCAGUGACCCCCGAGGAAUUAGCAGAGAUGAUCUUUGGUAUUGCGGAGCCUCUUGAGAGUUAUUGUGCACAUCUUUUGCUUUCAAAAGAUGAAAUAUAUUUCACAGUUCUUGAGACAAAAGGCUCUCGUUCUCUUUAUGGACCUCGACCUACUACACAGGUAGAAGAACUUAUGCGCAGGAAGCUUGCAAAGGAGGCUUCUGAGAAAGAUCUUCAGGAGUUUGUCAAACUACUAACAUCUGCUAGGACAAUGCCUUCAAAUGCUAAACCUUCCAAAUCUUCAUGGAUGGUUGAAGAGAAAAUCCAGCGCAAAAUUGAGUCUCUUGAAGCAUAUGCUAUUGAUGCAUGCAAAAAUGAUGAUCAAAGGAAAACUGCAGGAAUGAUCCUGAAGGCAAUGGGAAUGGCAAAAACAGCAUCCUCUGCUGUAAACCUCCUCAUAGAUAUUGGAUAUUUUCCCUUCCAUCUUAAUCUUGAUAUGUUGAAGUUAAACAUUCGUACUGAUCAUUCAGAUGAGAUUAUAACAGCUGCUGAAAAUCUUCUGUCAGCAUCAGAUGACCUGGACAAGAUCAACAGACAAGAUCUCACUCACUUGAAGGUCUAUGCUAUUGAUGUUGAUGAGGCUGAUGAGCUUGAUGAUGCCCUGAGUGCAACAAGGUUACAGGAUGGUCGGAUCAAAAUUUGGAUACACGUUGCAGAUCCAGCUCGAUAUGUGCUACCUGGAAGCCCAAUAGACAGGGAGGCACUGAAAAGAGGAACUUCUGUUUUCUUGCCUACAGCUACUUAUCCAAUGUUUCCAGAGAAACUUGCUAUGGAGGGAAUGAGUUUGAAACAAGGAGAGCUCUGCAAGGCUGUUUCAAUAUCUGUGGUUCUACAUUCUGAUGGAUGUAUUGCAGAAUACUCUGUGGAUAACUCUAUUAUUAAGCCAACCUAUAUGCUGACAUACGAGAGUGCCUCCGAGUUGCUUCAUUUGAACCUUGAAGAGGAGGCUGAAUUAAGAAUUCUUUCUGAGGCUGCUGCUCUUCGGUUACAAUGGCGUUGCCAACAGGGUGCGGUUGACACAGCCACAUUGGAAACUCGCAUCAAGGUGGCUAAUCCAGAAGAUCCAGAGGGAUCAAUUAACAUAUAUGUUGAAAACCAAGCUGACCCUGCAAUGCGACUUGUCUCUGAAAUGAUGAUACUAUGUGGGGAAGUUAUAGCCACAUAUGGCUCUUGCAACAACAUUCCUUUACCAUAUAGAGGACAACCCCAAUCAAAUAUUGAUGUAUCUGCAUUUGCACACCUCCCUGAAGGACCUGUUAGAAGUGCUGCAAUUGUUAAAAUAAUGCGUGCUGCUGAAUUUGAUUUUCGGACACCUUUACGCCAUGGGAUUUUGGGUCUUCCUGGUUAUGUUCAGUUUACUUCUCCUAUUCGUAGAUAUAUGGAUCUUCUUGCUCAUUAUCAGGUCAAGGCUGUGCUUAGAGGUGAAUCUCCUCCUUUCUCAGCUGGCCAGCUGGAAGGGAUAGCAUCAAUAGUUAACAUGCAAACUAGACUAAUAAGGAGGCUUUGCAGCAGCAGUCUUCGCUAUUGGAUAAUAGAAUUCUUGAGAAGGCAGCCAAAGGAGAGAAGAUUUCGUGCACUCGUCCUUAAAUUCAUCAAAGAUCGGUUUGCAGCCUUGCUGCUAGUUGAGGUUGGGUUUCAAGCAUCUGCAUGGGUGUCUGUUGGAAGACAUGUAGGAGAUGAAAUACAAGUUCAAAUAGAAGAGGCUCAUCCACGUGAUGAUGUUCUUUCCCUCAAGGAGGUUAUAACAAGUUAAUUCUGGCGGAAGAGCUCACCUAAGAGAACAAAUGCCAAACGAGCUGAAAUGGAGCCUAAAUGGAGCAAAGAAUAUUAUGGGCUGCAUUUUAAAUGAAAUUCGCUAAUUGUGGCGGAGAAGGUCGAAAUUGAAAAAUUUUACUCUCUAUUUGAAAAUGGUACUGUGGUGUACGUUUUCUUUAGUAGAGAGAACCAUUCAUAUUCUCAAUGUUAAAGUAAGCCUCAAGAUAAUUGAAACCAUUAAAUUAAGGUUAGUUAAUCAAGAAAGUGAACAAUAUUUUGAUAUUCAUAUUGAUUUUCAAUUUUUUACAUGUUAAGUUUGAAUUGUAUACGGUGUAUUUAGAUAGUAAUUCGUAUGUUUUAUUAUGUUACUUUCAGAAACUUGAAUAAUAUUGUAUCAGAUUUAGUAGAUAUAUUCUUAUCAUUGCAUA